GUGCUCCUCAGAGGAGGGAUCCUGUGCUGCUCAGUCUGAUACCUUUAAUCUAACAUGUUUAAAGCUUUACAGCUGUGUGCGGAGUUUAAAGUGUGCGCUCACAAACACGCCCCAUCACAGACAGACGCUCGUCCUUUUAUUUUUGGCAUCGUCAGCCUUCAUGUGAGCACAGCAGAGACACAGAGUGAGGGAGGGGACUCACACCAGCCUGACCUUUGGUGGCACCUGUUCAAUCAGCUGUAGCAGCACCUGAGCCUGUUUGAAUUCUGUUCACUGUAGGUGAUUAGGUGAUCAUCAUCACUGAUGAUCUGAGUGGACCGUGAGCUCCUCUGUACACCAGCCAUGCAUCAGCUGAAGCUCAGACCUGUCAGCAGGACAGAGCUCAGAGCUGAACCAGGACUCGGUUUAUCCCGCAGACUGACCACUUUUAUUUCAUGCAAAGUUUUGUUUAGUUGAAAUCGCGGGACGAUAGCUGUGAUGUAAGAAUGAUCCGCUUUGUUUUUUUCCAGAUUUGUCAGAGAAGAAAAGCGACCUGCGCGUGUGCGACACCGGGACGUGUCGCUUUGGAGGAACCUGCCGCGAGAAUGGCGCCGACAUCAAGUGUGUCUGUCAGUUCCACUGCAAUAAGAAGUACGUCCCCGUGUGCGGCUCCAACGGAGACACGUACCAGAACGAGUGUUUCCUGAGGAGAGCGGCGUGCAAGAAACAAAGAGCCAUCAACAUCAUGUCAGAGGGGCCCUGUUACCACGAUGCUGGAUCAGGAUCUGGAGAUGGAGACGACGAAGGCUCCGGCCGCGGGAAAAAGACCUCCAAAUGUGGGAGCUGCAAGUUUGGAGCCGAGUGUGAUGAAGACUCUGAGGAUAUGAUCUGCAUGUGUAACAUCGUGUGCAACGGCCACAACGACAACCCGGUGUGCGGCAGCGACGGCGUCACCUACGACACGCCCUGUCACGUCCGGGAGGUGUCCUGCCUCAAACAGCUCAAGAUCGACAUCAAGCACGUCGGACGCUGCCAUGGUAACAGCAUCACAGCAAACACUCCUUCAUCCAUCACCUUCACCUUCAUCAUCAUCAUCUACUCACAGCAGGAGAGAGAGGAGGAAAUAUGGAGGAGGGGGGUGGAGCUAAGGGGAGGAAGAUGAGA